AGGUGUGGUUAUUGCAAUGACAAUACCUAGCUAUGGAGUAAUGUUUAGAUUAGGGAAAAUGGUGAUAGUGCACUCCCUCCCUCAUCUAAAAGCCAAGUCGUCCGAUACAUUUACAUUUCUAUUUACAACUACGUCGUGUUUUCCAUAAGGAUAUACAGAAAGGCAUGAAAGUAUAGCCUAUUCCCAGGGGCGCUUUUAUCACACAGGACCUCUGCUAAUAGCAGAGUCCUUCCUAGCUGCUUGAGUGAAGAUGGCGCAAGCACUAUCAGAGGAGGAGUUCCAUCGGAUGCAGGCUCAGCUUUUAGAGCUGAGGACACAGAACUACCAACUUUCAGAUGACCUGCGGAAGAACACAACUGAGCUGAAUGCUGUUCGUCUGAAGACUGUGACCUUGGAGAAAGAUUACAUCAAAGCACAGAAGGCUCUGAAUAAAAGCAAGAAAGCUCAGGAGGUGGAUGCAUUACUCAGCGAGAACGAGAUGCUGCAAGGCAAGCUGCACAGCCAAGAGGACGACUUCAGACUGCAAAACAGCACCCUGAUGCAGGAGCUGUCCAAGUUAUGUACUCAGAUAGAGGAGCUACAACAUGAAAUCAAAGAGCUAAAGGAUGGCAAGGGGCUGCAGGCCGAAUCCUCCGGUACCAUCUCCAUCUCUGUAGAUGGAGAGUUACUGCGCCUCCAGGCAGAGAACGCUGCCCUUCAGAAAAAGAUGACGGCCCUUCAGGAGCACCAUGAGAGUGAGAUAAAGAGCCAGAGAGGAGCGGAGGUCAGUGAAACCAAAGCCUCAGAGACAGAUGGCCUGGCUGACACCAACGGUGUCCGGUUGCACUCUGACGUCAGUGAGACCAGGGAGGACUCUGCAGCCGGAACCAAUGACAGACUGGAACAGGCAGAGGCAAAGUGUGCCAAACUGGAACAGCGAGUGGCUGAGCUAAGUGGACCUGCAGUGAGGACCCCCGGGCUAGUUAUGAAACAGGAUGCUCUUAGGUGGUCAGCACUGUGUCCAAAUCCAAUAACGCAAUGCUUUGGGCCAGAGGUGGAGCUGCAGCUGCACACUGAGGUGGAGGAGAAACGCCUACUGAAGGAGCAGCUCCAAGCACUAGAGUCAUCCAAACAGGCAGACAUCACUCAACUUCAAGAAGAAAUAGCAAAGCUCUCUGAUAAAUUGAAGAAAAAACAAGACCGCUUUCUGCGUUCGCAAGCUGAAAAAGAAGCGCUUUAUAAUGACAGCAGGACUAAAAUCGAUGAGAUUCAACAGAGGAAGGAGGAGGAGCUAAAGUCAUUGAACAUCCGCAUCCAGAAGUUACAGGGAGAUCUGCUGUCAGCCAACCAGAGUGUUGGAGAGAUGAAGGAGCAGCUACAGAGCCGACAGAAGGAGCAUGAGUUAGUUCUACACACACUCAGAGAUCAGAUAGCGUGUCAGAGUGCUGUGAGUCAGGAGCAGGUGGAGAGUAUCCUGACUGAGAACGAUGCUCUCAGGACUAACCUAGUCGCUCUGGAACAGAUUCAGACGGUGAAGACUCAGGAGAUGAACCUUUUGCGUGACCAAAACACGGCUCUGAACGUUGAGCUGCAGCAGAGACGGACAGAGCAGGAGAGCUUCCUGGCACAGAGAGAUGACCUUAACUCUCAGCUACAGGAGGGGAACCGUGCCAACAGCAGACUGUUGGAACAGCUGACUGUAUUGGACCAAUGGAAAGACCGAUUACAGCAAGAGCUAGAGGAGGCUAAAAAGACAGCUGACAAGCGGAAGGCCAUGCUGGAUGAACUGGCCAUGGAGAUAAUCACAGAGAAGUCCCGGCACAAGGAGGAGCUGAGCGACGUGCGUCUGCAGCAUGAGAAGGAGGUGCUGGGGGUGCGGGCACGCUACGAGAAGGAGCUGAGGGGACUCCAUGAGGACAAGAACCGCACAGAGGAGGGGAUCCGCUCACAGCUCCGAGACGAGAAGGCUCGCAAUAAGGAGCUGGAGGGUCUGCAGCAGUGUGUGGAGGAGCUGCAGGCCCAGGUCCAGUCCAUGGAGGACACUAAGGGCUGGUUCGAACGCAGACUCAAAGAUGCUGAGGAGAGCAUGGAGAAGAGCUGUCUGGAGCACCAGGAGAGCACGGAGAAGCUGCAGGAAGAGCACUCUCUCCAACUGGAGGGAAAGGCAUCUGAUAUAGAUGGUGUGAACCUGCAGUUGACAGAGGUAGAGAAGGAAAGGGAUGUGCAUUUUGAAACCAUUGGAAAACUGAAACAGGAGAUUAAAGACACGGUGGAUGGCCAGAGGAUCCUGGAGAAGAAAGGUAGUUCAGCACUGAAAGACUUGAAGAGGCAGCUACAGCUGGAGAGGAAGAGAGCUGAUAAACUCCAGGAGCGACUACAGGAGAUCCUCACCAACACUAAGACCAGGACAGGCCUGGAAGAGCUGGUGUUGUCAGAGAUCAGCUCUCCUAGUCCUAAGCAGCAGAGGGGAGAUAGCAGCAGUGUCUCGUCCUUCAGCUACGGGGAGAUCAUGAAGGAGGGAGCCACAUCACAGAACAUCAACAAGUCCGCCAGUGGCAGCCCCCAGUCCCAGCGGCCUGCUGACCUGUCUGAUGAUGAGGUUGGGGAGCUGUUCCAGAGGCUGGCUGGGGUGCAGCAGGAGAAGUGGAUGUUGGAGGAGAAGGUCAAACACCUAGAGGUCAGCUGCUCCUCCAUGGCUGAUGACAUCUGUAAGAAAAGUUCUAUCAUCGAGACCUAUGUCAUGGACAGCAGGAUAGCACAUGGUGCACAUGGUGCAACGGCGGUUGCCCAUCACGUGGGCCAGGUGGGGGGACAUGGUCAUGGCUUGGGCUCUGUGCUCAGGGACCUGGUGAAGCCUGGGGACGAGAACAUGCGGGAAAUGAACAAGAAGCUGCAGAACAUGCUGGAAGAACAGCUGACCAAGAACAUGCAUUUACAGAAGGACCUUGAAGUUCUGUCUCAGGAGAUUGUCCGUUUAAGUAAAGACUCAAGUCCUGGAGCUGGCUCAGCUACGGGCUAAAAGACUGGAACAAGACCCUCCUCUCUGCCCUCUCUCUUCACCUGUUUCUGUGGCCAACAAGAGGACAUUACCUAACUGACUGACUGAACCUCUGGCUGGGAACACAGAUGAAAGGAGAGGGAUAGAGGGGGGUAGGAAGGGGUUAGUGCUCUUGAAACUGCUUUACUACUGAAUGUACUUACUGUAACAUGUCUUGGUUCUUUCUGUGGUAUUGUGAUCUGACUUCUGUCUGUCUGCACUCUCUGCCUCCCCACUCUGGUGUGAUCUGACUUCUGUCUGUCUGCACUCUCUGCCUCCCCACUCUGGUGUGAUCUGACUUCUGUCUGUCUGCACUCUCUGCCUCCCCACUCUGGUGUGAUCUGACUUCUGUCUGUCUGCACUCUCUGCCUCCCCACUCUGGUGUGAUCUGACUUCUGUCUGUCUGCACUCUCUGCCUCCCCACUCUGGUGUGAUCUGACUUCUGUCUGUCUGCACUCUCUGCCUCCCCACUCUGGUGUGAUCUGACUUCUGUCUGUCUGCACUCUCUGCCUCCCCACUCUGGUGUGAUCUGACUUCUGUCUGUCUGCACUCUCUGCCUCCCCACUCUGGUGUGAUCUGACUUCUGUCUGUCUGCACUCUCUGCCUCCCCACUCUGGUGUGAUCUGACUUCUGUCUGUCUGCACUCUCUGCCUCCCCACUCUGGUGUGAUCUGACUUCUGUCUGUCUGCACUCUCUGCCUCCCCACUCUGGUGUGAUCUGACUUCUGUCUGUCUGCACUCUCUGCCUCCCCACUCUGGUGUGAUCUGACUUCUGUCUGUCUGCACUCUCUGCCUCCCCACUCUGGUGUGAUCUGACUUCUGUCUGUCUGCACUCUCUGCCUCCCCACUCUGGUGUGAUCUGACUUCUGUCUGUCUGCACUCUCUGCCUCCCCACUCUGGUGUGAUCUGACUUCUGUCUGUCUGCACUCUCUGCCUCCCCACUCUGGUGUGAUCUGACUUCUGUCUGUCUGCACUCUCUGCCUCCCCACUCUGGUGUGAUCUGACUUCUGUCUGUCUGCACUCUCUGCCUCCCCACUCUGGUGUGAUCUGACUUCUGUCUGUCUGCACUCUCUGCCUCCCCACUCUGGUGUGAUCUGACUUCUGUCUGUCUGCACUCUCUGCCUCCCCACUCUGGUGUGAUCUGACUUCUGUCUGUCUGCACUCUCUGCCUCCCCACUCUGGUGUGAUCUGACUUCUGUCUGUCUGCACUCUCUGCCUCCCCACUCUGGUGUGAUCUGACUUCUGUCUGUCUGCACUCUCUGCCUCCCCACUCUGGUGUGAUCUGACUUCUGUCUGUCUGCACUCUCUGCCUCCCCACUCUGGUGUGAUCUGACUUCUGUCUGUCUGCACUCUCUGCCUCCCCACUCUGGUGUGAUCUGACUUCUGUCUGUCUGCACUCUCUGCCUCCCCACUCUGGUGUGAUCUGACUUCUGUCUGUCUGCACUCUCUGCCUCCCCACUCUGGUGUGAUCUGACUUCUGUCUGUCUGCACUCUCUGCCUCCCCACUCUGGUGUGAUCUGAAGAAUAGCAGAAGGCAACAAUGUCUGGAUGCCAGGACACAGUGCUUUACUGGUUCACAACUUCAAGAGAUUGUUUAAUGUUGCGAAUAACAAGAGACAUUUUGCCUACUCAUACAGAGGCUUAAGCUGUUGUGUUUUGCCUGUACUCGUAUUCAUUUCUUUAUACUUUCAACUCUGCAACUCUUGUUUUUGUUUGUAUAAAUCCUGUAUAUAUGAAAAACAACUGUAGUAAUUGAACUGUUCUCAGAGUAAUACGUAUUGUAAUGAAACAGCAGGGUUGUUACAGUAUUGUAUAUGAGCCAAAAUGAUUGUAAGGGUUUUAUGUCCGUCAUACAUUCUAGAUGCUGAAAUGUCCAGUUUGAGUUUGUCUGGGGAAAGUGUGAGUAUCCUAAAGCCAGUAGUAAAAAUAUGUAUUUACAAAAACUCAAUAACAUGCAUAGUGUUGAGGACUGGACCAAACCACCACUGUUUCUUGGGGAAUGGACAAAACCACUCCUAUCUCUGGGUCGCUGGACCACACCACCCCUGUGUCCACUCACUGGGUUAGAUCUCUGUGCUCGUUUCCUUUUAAUCUGCACCAGUCCCGUGACUGCAGCAGAAGCACGGAGGGAGGCCUUGGCAGCUCAGCAUCUGGUGUCAACAUGAACAUGAUGUCCAACUCCACAGAGACUGGCUGGAUGCCUGCUUUGUGGGCUGCUUUCAAAAUGUCACUUUGGCUGCUUUCUCUAUCCCCAAUUAAGACUCCAGGUGUCUUUAGAUUUGCACAUUUAAUUCCGGCUUAACUCCACUUUGAUAUUUUCUAAAAAAUAUUAGAUUCCAAAUAAAAGGAAGCAGAGGAUUCUCUGUGAUGAGCAGAUUAAUUUGUCCCCCUGGCUGAGGUCUAACAACAGUGUCAGUUGUCUUUGAGUUCAACUCUUCCUUCACUCUGGCAAAGCUCAUCAGUGUGCUCGCUGAGUUCAACAUGGACAGGAAACUCAUCACCAAUAUUUAUUAUCUGCCAUCAAUACCUGGCCAUUACUGUGUGUCAGAAGAACUGGCCCCAUGCCCUGUAGGAUGAGGGAAACAUGAAUCAUGUGAAGCUGUGCCUUCUAUUUCACCUGUCUUUGACUCACUUAGCAAAUGUCUAAUUUUAAAUAACUUCUCAACAUGACUGAACAGCAGUAGCUGGGCAGAUCAGAUGGUAUAACACAGGGUGGUCUAACACAGCGUGCAUACCUACCUGUGUUAGCUUUUUAUACUUUGAGACAUGUUUCCCUUAUCUGAGAAUGUAUGCACUUCAUUCAGGCCUCCGUGAACACUUGUUUAGGAACGAACAGAUUGGUCAUUGGAAGACCCCCCCCCCCCCCCCCAAGAACGUCUUCUCUUAUGUACAAGUAAGGCUGGGCGAUAUAUCAAAUUAAUAUAAUAUAUUCAAAUGUAUUUUUUGGCACGAUGUUUCAAAUGCCUAUGUCACAACAAUCUAGGUUUUUAUUUUAUGUUCAUUGUUGCUUCAUUGUUUGGUAUGUUGCUUGUUAAAAAAAAAAAAUCAGGUUGUGUUUUUUUAGAGCCCCAUUCAUACAGUCCAAUUUUUGCCGCGUUAAGUCUUUUAUGCCUCCAGUGCACAUGCCGGCAAGAUUAGGAGUGGGAGGUGUAUUUGAAUAAAUUAAUUGAAUGUACACCAUCACAAAUACGUUUUUGGCAGGUCCUAAGAAACAUAAGACUAAUAAAAUAUGUUUUCAAGAAGAAUA